AUGUCCUUCGCCCACAAAGAAAAGCCAGACACCUUGGUGUUGUUCGAUGUCGACGGUACGUUGACCCCAGCUAGAUUGACCAUCUCCGAGGAGAUGAAGCAAACUUUGCAAGCCUUGAGAAAGAAGGUUGUUGUUGGUUUUGUCGGCGGUUCUGACCUCUCCAAGCAAGUGGAGCAGCUCGGCCCUACUGUUCUCCAAGACUUCGACUACUGCUUCUCCGAGAACGGUUUGACCGCUUACAAGCAAGGCAAAGAGCUUGCUUCGCAGUCCUUCAUCGGCUGGAUCGGCGAGGAAAAGUACAACAAGUUGAUCAAGUUCGUCUUGAGGUACUUGUCUGAGCUCGACCUCCCCGUCAGAAGAGGCACAUUCGUUGAGUUCAGAAACGGUAUGAUCAACAUCUCGCCAGUGGGCAGAAACGCCUCGACACAGGAGCGCAAUGAGUUCGAGAAGUUUGACCUUGAACACAAGCUCAGAGAGACCAUGGUGCAGGCCUUGAGAGACAACUUCCCAGACUACGGCUUGACGUACUCCAUCGGCGGCCAGAUCUCGUUCGAUGUGUUCCCAACCGGUUGGGACAAGACCUACGCCUUGCAGCACGUUGCUGACGAGGGGUUCAAGGAGAUCCACUUCUUUGGAGACAAGUCCUACAAGGGCGGCAACGACUACGAGAUCUACAACGACGACAGAACGAUUGGCCAUGCCGUCAAGGAGCCAGCAGACACCAUCCGUAUCUUGAAGGAGUUGUUCGACUUGUGA